AUGGGUUUUAUCAACUUUCGAGGAAAAGAUAUCUCAAAAAAUCGGUUAAACCCUAAUGGAGGUCGCGUGAGGGACGAAAAACUAGGCACCCUCAAAGGGCCCGCACUCAGAAAGGGGGCGGAAAUUGAAAAGCUCAGGGCUAACCUCAACCAAAUAAUAGCAAACUCCAACGCCACGCCCAUCGGUUGCCAUAGCAGCGGCGGCUACUCUUGCUGCUUCUGUGCGAAACAGUUCAUCACGCCGACCGAACUCAAGCGGCACAACGUCGCGGCGCACGAAGACGUCGCCGGAACGAAAUACUUGAAGCAAAAGGACGCGCACAAGUUCAACAUCAAAAUGGACAUCACCGGCCUGCGCUGCAAGCUGUGCGACUCGGAGGUCGACAAUCUGGAGCUCCUACUCGAGCACCUAAAGCACGAGCACAAGAGGAAGGUAUUCACCGACAUCAAGAUGCAGCUGAUACCGUUCAAGUUCAACGACCACUCCCUCACGUGUUACAUCUGCCGCAAGACCUUUCCCAAGUUCAACACGCUGCGCGUCCACAUGAACGAGCACUACAGCAACUAUAAGUGCCCGGAGUGCGGCGCCGGCUUCGUCUGCCAGUCGAUGCUGCACGCGCAUGCGCAGAUCCACAAGCUGGGCACGUUCCGCUGCGACUUCUGCCCGAAGGUGUUCGCCACCUACCGCAAGAAGAAGUCCCACGAAAAGGGCGUGCACCCGCCGAACGAGCUGAAGAGCAAGUGCUCGUACUGCGACGAGCGCUUCAAGCACUACAGACAGAAGGAGCGGCACAUGGCGGAGGCGCACGAGAGCGCGUUCCCGCCGCAGCGGUGCGAGGCGUGCGGCAAGACGUUCUACACGCGCAGCAGCCUGAGCAUACACGUGAAGAGGUACCACCUGGUGCACAGGCCGCACAAGUGUCCGCACUGCGAGAAGCACUUCUUCUCGAUGGUGGAGGUCCGGCUGCACCUGCCGACCCACACCGGCCAGAAGAACUUCAAGUGCGACAUCUGCCACAAGGCGUACAGCCUGAGGAAGACGCUGACCGAGCACAUGCGAAUACACUUGAACGACCGCCGGCACAAGUGCGAGAGGUGCGGCCAGGCGUUUAUUCAGCGCGCCACGUGGCGCGGACACAUGCGCGCGAAGCACGGCGAGCAAGUG